CCGCCACCUCUGCCUGAGCAGUGGAGGAGGAGGAGGUCACAGACUGGCGGGCUGGCGCACCGGCAUGGGGACCCCGCGGGCGCCCUGGCCACUCGUCUGGGCUGUGCUGCAGCUGGGCUGGCGGCCAGGUUGGCUCCUAGACUCCCCGGACAGGCCCUGGAGCCCCCUCACCUUCUCCCCGGCCCGGCUCACAGUGCCCGAGGGGGCGAAUGCCACCUUCACCUGCAGCUUCUCCAACACAUCCGAACACUUCGUACUCAACUGGUACCGCAUGAGCCCCAGCAACCAGACGGACAAGCUGGCCGCCUUCCCCGAGGACAGCAGCCAGCCGGGCCAGAACAGGCGCUUCCGUGUCACGCGGCUGCCCAACGGGCGAGACUUCCACAUGAGCGUUGUCGCCGCCCGGCGCAAUGACAGUGGCAUCUACCUCUGCGGGGCCAUCUCCCUGCCUCCCAAGGCGCAGAUCAACGAGAGCCCCCGCGCAGAGCUCACGGUGACAGAGAGAGUCCUGGAGCCGCCCACAGAGCACCCCAGCCCCCCACCCAGGCCCGCAGGCCAGCUACAGGGCCUGGUCGUGGGCAUCACGAGUGUCCUGGUGGGUGUCCCACUGGUCCUGCUGCUGACCUGGGUUCUGGCCGCCGCCUUCCCCAGGGCUACUCAAGGGGCCUGUGGCAGGAGCGAGGACCAGCCUCUGAAGGAGGGCCCCUCCGCUGCGCCCGUGUUCACUGUGGACUACGGGGAGCUGGACUUCCAGUGGCGAGAGAAGACGCCCGAGCCCCCCGCCCCCUGCAUCCCUGAACAGACUGAGUACGCCACCAUCGUCUUCCCCAGCAGGCCGUGUUCUCCAGGCCGCAGGGCCUCCGCCGACGACCCCCAGGGGCCACGGCCUCUGAGGCCCGAGGACGGACACUGCUCUUGGCCCCUCUGAUGGGCUCCCUCCGCUGGCCUGAGUCCUUCAGACCCUCUGCCGAGAGCCCAGGCGGCACCUUCCCUGGAGGAGACACCCGAGGUUGAGCCCUGUCGGGGUGACCACCCCCUACGCCUGGCUCCCCCUUUAAUGCUCGUGGUGACCUGGGAGCAGGAGGUUCCACUGUCCCAUGUGGGUGAGGGAAGGACACUCGCCCAGAACUCCAGGCCCAGAGCUGGCUGGAGCUCUGCGCCUCCUGCACUCGCCCUCCCUGGGGGCGCAUCCGGCAGGUGCUGUGGCAGGGGUGCGAGUCAGGCUUCAGGAGUCUCCAUGGCCCCCACUGCCUCCCGGGAGAGCUUGGUGCCUGGACAGGGGGUUACAGGGGUCCUGGUUGGAGACGCUUCCUUGGAGCGGCCAGUGAGGCAGCCCCGUAGCAAGGAGAUCCAGCACACACCUCGAGAGCUCACAGGGGACGUGCACGGGGCUGGGACUCCUUCAGGGGCCCUCAUGCUCCCCAAGGCCUAGACAAGAGCUCCUGGCCGCGGUGGGCAGGGCAGAGGCAUGGUGCCAGCGGGCCAACCUCUGCAUACAACCCCUCCACCCUCACCCAGCCCGGGAAAUGAGGCAAUGAAGGGCACAGGCAGAGCUGGAGUCUUCCCAGCUGGGGCCAUCCUGGGGGGCCCCCAGGAGUCACCCCAUUUAUCCUCACCAGGGAGUCACUGUCUCCUUGGCGCCCAUUCAUGGUGCUAUUUAAAGGGGCCUCGGCUGGGCUCCCACCAGGGUGGUGGGCUGGGUGCAGGUGUGUUCCCUUGGCCAGAUGCCCUCCGGCCAGGCCUGCCUCUCUUUGCUCGGCCCGCACACCGCGCGUCGGCUGUCUGGGCAGGGCAGCCAGCGGCCCAAGCGUCAGGGACUUGGAGUAUGUGUCCCGUCUUGGGUUCCAGACACACUUCAGAGCCCCUAAGCCCAGGGGACUUGGUUCUAUUAUAUUAUAAUUAAAUAAUGACGCAGCUCCC